UAUAAAGUGUUGAAUUUAUUUCAUAAGUAGUGGUCAUAUAGUUAUCCAAAACUAAACAUGACUUUCAAACUACUGGUGUGUUUUGCACUGUUGGCCAUACAGUGUGCGGUGGGACGGGAUGACGGACAUGUACUGACACCACCGAUGGGUUGGCUGUCGUGGACCCGCUAUGCGUGUGAAACCGACUGCAAGAGGUAUCCGAAGGGUUGUAUCAACGAAGACCUCUACAAGUCUCAGGCGGACAGACUGGCCGCCGAUGGUUACAAAGAGUUGGGUUAUGUUUACGUCAAUAUUGACGACUGUUGGAGUGAAAUGCAAAGGGACUCAAAGGACCGACUGGUGCCUCAUAAGGAGCGCUUCCCAAGUGGUAUGAAAGGGCUGGCAGAUUAUGUCCACUCAAAGGGCCUCAAAUUAGGUAUUUAUGGUGAUGUCGGGCCCAAGACCUGCGCCGGAUACCCUGCACAAAAUGGCAAGACAGAUAAGGGUGACUACUUCGACAUCGACGCCAAGACAUUCGCGGAGUGGGGGAUCGACUCAUUCAAGUUUGACGGAUGUAAUGAAGACACCAAACGCUUCGAUGACUUGUUCCCCAAAAUGGGUAAAGCCCUCAACGCCACAGGCCGUCCAAUGGUCUACAUCUGCGAGUGGCCUCUGUAUCAAAAGGGCGCUAAUUAUUCAGCGGUAGCCAACACUUGCCAUGUGUACAGAAACGCUGGCGAUAUCGCUCAGACGUGGCAAUCCGUUGAGUCUAUUAUCAACUUUUAUGGCGAUAACAAUGCUGUGUUCAGCAAAUAUAGUGGACCAGGACAUUUCUUUGACCCAGGUAUG